UUCUCCUCAGUGCCCGGCUUGGCUGCAGGCUGCGUUUCCGGGGGGAAGGCUUAGGCAGUGACACCGGCCCAACCUCCUCCCCGCCCCUCCCGCGGCCCCCUCCCUCCAGCAGCUCCGCGCGUCCGGCCCCGGAGGAAGAAAGGAGCAGGAGGCACAGGCCCCGCAUCUCUCUCCGCAGGAUGGAUCCGCAGCCCCCUCCGCCGGCGCAGGGCAGCCCUCCUCACCGCGGCCGGGGCCGGGGCCGGGGCCGGGGCCGAGGCCGGGGUCGGGGCCGGGGUCGCGGGGGCACCGGAGCCCCGCGCGCGCCCCUGCCAUGCCCCACGUGCGGCCGCCUCUUCCGCUUCCCUUACUACCUCUCGAGGCACCGGCUGAGCCACUCGGGGCUGCGCCCGCACGCGUGCCCGCUGUGCCCCAAGGCCUUCCGGCGGCCCGCGCACCUGUCGCGCCACCUGCGGGGCCAUGGGCCGCAGCCCCCUCUGCGCUGCGCCGCCUGCCCGCGCACCUUCCCCGAGCCCGCACAGCUGCGUCGUCACCUGGCGCAGGAGCACGCUGGCGGCGAGGUGGAGCUGGCCACGGAGCGCGCGGCCAAGGAGGAGGAGGGCGAGGGGGGCGCCGAGCAGCCCGCGGCGGGCGCGGAGGGGGAGCCGUGGGCCGAGGGGGAGCCCGCGCCGGCCGCGCCCCCCAGCGCUGAGCCCUGCAUGCUGGAGCCCGGGGCGGCCGAGGCUGGGGCGGCCGAGCUGCGCGCCGAGCUGGCGCUGGCCGCCGGGCGCCAGGAGGAGAAGCAGGUAUUGCUGCAGGCCGACUGGACGCUGUUGUGCCUGCGCUGCCGCGAGGCCUUCCCCACCAAGGGCGAGCUCAAGGCGCACCCAUGUCUGCGCCCUGAGGGCGAGCAAGAGGGCGAGGGUGGGCCGCCGCCUCGCCCCAAGCGACACCAGUGCACCAUCUGCCUCAAGGCCUUUGCCAGGCCCUGGUCGCUGUCGCGCCACCGGCUGGUCCACUCCACCGACCGCCCGUUCGUGUGCCCAGACUGCGGCCUGGCCUUCCGCCUGGCCUCCUACCUCCGCCAGCACCGCCGCGUGCACGGCCCGCUCAGCCUGCUGGUGCCGAUGCCCAAGAAGGACGACAGAACCACGGGUGGCCGGAACUCAGGGCGAGGGCCCGAGGGCGGCGAAGGCACCGCCGAAGGGGGAGACGGAAGCGGCGAGAAUGGGGGCGAUGCCGGCCCCGCGCGGCCCUCGGCUGGCGAACCCCGCUUUUGGUGCCCCGAGUGCGGCAAGGGCUUCCGGCGCCGCGCACACCUGCGCCAGCAUGGCGUCACCCACUCAGGCGCGCGCCCCUUCCAGUGCGUGCGCUGCCAGCGCGAGUUCAAGCGCCUGGCCGACCUGGCACGCCACGCACAGGUGCACGCAGGCGGCCCAGCCCCGCACCUCUGUCCUCGGUGCCCACGGCGCUUCUCACGCGCCUACAGCCUCCUGCGCCACCAGCGGUGCCACCGAGCUGAGCUGGAGCUGGAGAGGGUGGCCGCAUUGCAGGCCCUGCAGGCCCAGGCCGCACAGUCGCUGCCACCUGAGCAGGAGGCUGAGGGGGUCCCGCUGCCGGUUGCACACAUCAAGGAGGAGCCGCCCUCCCCAGGGACCCUACCCCAGUCCCUAGAACCACCCCCAGUCUUCCUCAGCGCCUCCUGCUUCGACAGCCAAGACCAUUCAGCCUUCAAGAUGGAGGAGGAUGAGGUGGACAGCAAAGCCCACCUGCGUGGCUUGGGGAGCCUGGCCUCCUGACCCACGCAGCCCCUCCGCCCUCCAUGGGAGCCCCCGGUUUGCAGUGGAAGGAGAGGACCCCUUGUGUCGACCCCCUUUGAGCUCUGGCCCUAGGAGCGGAGGCCCCAAGCUGACCCUACCCCUCACCCUCCCCAGACCCCGGUGCCACCCCAAUGUGUGUCUUCAGGCAGGAGGACUUGGAAUAGGAGGCGGAGGAGGCUAGGCCAGAGGGAGGCGGGCAGGUGGCAUAGCUGGCCAGGCCGUGACACACACUGGACACUAUAAACCUCUUAGGAACAGCCUGCAGGGCGUUCCUGUGAGCAAAGGUCUGUCCCUGUCCCUCUGUCUGUGAAUAAAUGUGAGCUGGUGAA